GAUACACCUCUUUUUUACAUUUUAACGUUCUUCAUAAUUUGUAUACAUUUUUGAAGUAAAUAAGACUGUAGGCUCCUCUGUUAGUUCACUUAAAGUCUGUAAUACGGAUGCACUUGAAAGCUUGGACUGCCUGGCUCGGGCUGGAUGGAAUGGAAGAGCUGGACUCGAAGCAAAUGUCUAUUGAAUAACCAACUUAAAACUAACUUCACCGUGGUUGCUGACGUCUCUGCUGCCAGCUCUUUACUAAUUUACCAGAAAAUUAUUUGCAGUAAAAUCACAAAUGUUUUCAUUUGGUAAGAAAUGUAACUUGCCUUUUUCCUCAUCACCCUGUCUGGGAUUAUUUUGCAAUGGUGACUUCUGUUGUGUGAUAGAGUCAGCAGCUAGAUUUUGCACCCACGGUCAGUAGUGUUAGUAGGUGUAGGCAAACAAACAAACAACAACCACACCAACCAUUAUUCAUUGUAUUAUUACAUUUGUGGGAAGUUAUUACAGUAAAGAUUUUUUACUUAUUACAAACGUAAUAAAUCCCUGCAAACGUAAUGGUUAUUACAUGUGUGGAAAAUCGUGUGUUACGUUUGUAGUAGGCAGGUUAAUUACAUUAAAUGCUGCAGAUUUUGAUUACAUUUGUGGUUUGUUGCGUUUGUGGACAUUAUUACAUUGGUGGGCAUUAAAGCAACCCUUCGAAGAGGCACAAGGUUAGUAUUUGUUGUCAUGCAGUGGUUUGUGUCUCUAAGUCAUUUAGAAGUGCAGAAUUUCUUCUAAUUGAUUUGGUCAAUGAAUUAAUGUUAGUAUUGCACUAUGUCAUUUUAGUAUGUUGCAUUUCAUUUUCGUUUUGUGUGCUUAAUUUCCAGCUCUUGCGUUGUUGGUUUAGGUUUGUAAUAAAUCUGACCAAACAUCAGUAAGUGUCUGACCAUCUUUCGGGAUCUGCUACAACAGCAGUGAUGAAAUAUUUCGAUGGCCAUUCGUGGUUAAAAGUGCUACAGUAAGAGUCUAGUUUUGUCUUUUUCGGAGCAUUCAUGCCUAAUCAAACAUGUCUCCAUCUUAACAACUGCUGUUGUUAUUCGAGGGGAAUGAACAACAGCAGACUUGAGGCCUGUUGCCCGAUCUAAAUGAAGACAGUGCCCUCUGUUGGAAUCAAGCGAAAUAUCAAUACAGAGUCACUUAUGUCGUAUUCCUCGAGAUUCAUUAACGAUCGGGCUGUCUUUUGCCCAAGUGUGGUUCACAGUAUUGGAAAGAGAGUGGCAGAAAACUAGGCAGCAGUAAAACAAAAUGCAUUCUCCAAAUACGUGGAUGGAUGAGUUUGGUGUGAGGCUGGUAAAAAUGGGCCAGGUCAACAGGUUACACUGGUUUGUCUUUACAAAUCAUAACAUUCUUGACUUUUAUGACCGAAAUGGCUGAGAUACGUGCUUGUAUCUCAGAAUAACUAGUUAUCCUUGUCACGGUCCCACCAUGCUCAUGUGUAUCUCACAUAACAAUAAUAAUAAUAUUAAUGAUAAUGAUAGCUUGGAUUUAUAUAGUGUCUCUCACAAGACUCGAGGACGCUUUACACAGUUUGAUGAAUGUGACAAAAAUAAGUACAUUGCAACAAGAAUGAGUGUCUGCAGAGGUGAAGCAGAGUUAAUAGAGGUUUUAGGGCGUAGUAAACGGUUGUUGUUUGAGGAGUUUUUAAACAUGUACAGAGAUGAAGUGUUACGGAUGUCUGCAAGGACAGCCUUUCCAGAGGGCUGGCUUGCUACCCUGAAGUACAUACCUGUACAAUCAUGCUUUCAUGCCAGACAGACUUGUUUGCUCUGUUUCCCAUCCACAGUAUAUCAGCAGUGUUGGUGUCAUAGAAUGUGCUCUGUUGUGGAGGAGGCCAAAAGUGUGGCAGGCGUUCAGGGAUCCAUCACGAUGGCAAGAGAGGCAAUGCUCCAGCAGCUGAUCAAAAAUCCUGAACGACUAAAAGAUCUAGUGGAUGAAGCAAAAGAUGUCGCUCUUCUAUCUGGGCUGGUUAUCCGCACAAAAGAGAUGGCCAAUUCUUCUGAGGUUGUGACCUACUACCCGUUCUCACUCUUCCCAACACCUGUGCCUAAGGCUGCGUUCCUCCAGGCUCUGGCAGUGCAAACUCACUUCAACACACUGGUGGACAAGAUCAGCCAGGACCCAGACUUUCUGGAAGAGGCUCUAGCGAGUACUAUCCAGGCAGAUGAUUUCACUGCUAAGUUGUUUGACAUAUACAGACACGUGCAGCAGGAAGGUCGGUCACAGUCCAUUGUUGUGGGUUUGCUCCGCUCUGACUACAUGCUGGAUCAAGGGGAGGGCAAGACCUCUUCCCUGAAGCAAAUAGAGAUCAACACUAUAUCUGUUGGAGGAUUUGGUGUGGCUGACUGUCUCCCUGAGGUGCACAGGUAUGUGCUGAGGUCACUUGGUCUUUUGGAAGAGAGCAAGUGUGUUCCGGAUAACAACAUUACUCCUAAAAUGUGUGCAGCUCUUGCAAAGAGCUGGGAGCUCUACGGCCAGAAGAAGGCAGUAAUCAUGUUCCUUUUUGAGGAUGUCAAGACAUCCAUAAUCAACCAUCGGUGCAUGGAGAAAGAGCUGUGCAACAGGAAUAUUCCUGUUAUCCGUAGAAAGUUUGAGGAGGUGUCCAGAAGAGGAUCACUUGAUGAUGACAAGAAAUUGUUUAUAGAUGGACUGGAGGUAGCUGUGGUGUAUUACCGCACUGGCUAUAUGCCAGAGCACUACACAGAAAAAGCCUGGGAUGCCCGUCUUAUGAUGGAGCGCUCCAUGGCUGUAAAAUGUCCAGAUAUCGGCACUCACCUUGCUGGAACCAAGAAGGUACAGCAGGUGCUCACCAAACCUGGAGUUCUGGAGAAGUUCUUUCCCGACCAGCCCCAAGUAGUGGAGCAGAUCAGAGGAACGUUCGCUGGCCUGUACACUCUUGACAUGGGACCAGAGGGCGACAAAACAGUAGAAAUGUCUUUGGCAGCACCUGACCAGUUCGUCCUGAAGCCUCAGCGAGAGGGAGGAGGUAACAACAUCUAUGGAUCAGACAUCUGCCAGGUCCUGCAGCGAGUGAAGGAGAGCACAGAGAGGACGGCCUACAUUCUGAUGGAUAAAAUCCAACCCGCUCCUGUACAGAACUUCAUGCUGAGACGAGACUUUCCGCUCCAAAUCAAAAACUGUGAUAGUGAACUUGGAAUGUAUGGAGUGUAUGUCAGGCAAGGUAAAGACACAGUGAUGAACGAGUGUGUGGGCCAUGUGAUGAGGACCAAGAGUUCAGAAAUAUCAGAAGGAGGCCUCGCAAGUGGAGUGUCUGUAAUGGACAGUCCUCUCCUCCUCUGAGUCAAUCAGGGUUGCAAAUGGUUUCAAGUGGGGUGCUCCUCUCAAACAAACACUGAAGCACCAAGUUUAACCACUAAAAGCCAUAAGCGGAUUGGUAUACAUAAUUUUACAAAAUAACAUAUCACGUUUAAAUGCCCUUAUCUUGAAUCAGUGCUGGCUGUUUUGCUUUCUUCCAAUGAAAGACCAGUUCUUUAUUUAAUGCAAACUGUGAGGCCAUUAUCUCUGAUUUAUUAAUUCAUGUCUUUUAAUAUUUAGAUUGAAAGUCUCCCUGUCACUUUAUUUCAGACACAGUCAAUUCUUUCCUGGAUCAUUUCUGACAUGACGUGUUUGUUUUCAGUUUGCACUGGAAAGCAGCCCGACAUUGGACACAUGGUGUUGGUGCUGAGCUGCCAUCUUGUGGUUCACUUAUGUGACUACAACAUUCCCAAAUGAUGUGAAGAGACUUUGAGUGACUGUUACUAAUGUAGGAAUAUUCUAAACAUCUUGUCAUCUAUGUCAAUGUCGUUGCAACACCCAAACAGAACUCAACACAGUGUACUGUAAUACUGAUUGGAAUAAGUACGUAGUUUGUAGAACUUUUGGAUAGCGGGUUGAUCUACAGUUAUGAACUGUUGGCAAAAAGUCCUCAUAAUUGUAGCAAAAAGUAGAAUCUAAGUUGAACUUGAAUAACAGGUGUAAUCUCUUGAUUUCUUAAAGUUUAGAACAGAAAGACAAGACAAGCAACUGACAAACUAUUUAUCUUAUACAUACAGACACUAUGAAAUGCUGCUAUGAUUUCUUAACCCUGGAAUGCUUUAACAGAAUCAGUGGCUAAAAAUUGCCCCCCAUCAUUUGCAAUCAUUUUACUUCUUACUGUCAUUAUGUCCAUUGUAGUUAGAUUAAGAUGAAACAUGUUUUAUGUUAAAAGACAACAAAUGAAUAGCAAAGCUGAACCAUCAGAACUAGCAAGUGAGAAUAGUAUUUGCAGUGAAAAGAGCCAUCACAUCAGGGAUACUCACAUGCAAAACUGUAGGUUGUUGAACUGUAUGUCAUUUGCCAAAAAAUCACCACAGAGUCAUCUUUACCUCCCAUGAUGCAUUCUAGGGUCAACACUGUGAUUGUGCAACAUAGACACAUAUUUACUGAAAUAUUUAAGAUGUGAUGACGGAGAAUUGAGAACCAAAUGUCAGGCUCUUUGUACCAAAAAAGUACUGCUCCACAUGUUGAAAAAUAAACUUCUUGUCUGUA